GUUGGUUGCAUUGCGAUGUCUCUAAGCAGGCUAUCAACUUUCCGUCUUCAAUCCUUGAUAAACUGCUCUGUUGUUCUCUUCAUGUUCUUCAAUUUUUUCCAACCCUUUGUUCAUCCACUUUCCUUCAGCAUCAAUGACUUUGGUCGAGAUGCAAACAACAUACUUUAUGAAGGUGAUGCCGCGCUUUCUUCAGAAGUGAUUGAACUCAGCACGAUCACAGCCACAGAUGUACAGGAUAUAAGUUGCCGCACUGGCCGGGCUACGUAUGCAGAACCUUUGCACUUAUGGGACUCUGCUAAACUGGCAGACUUCACUACUAAUUUCUCUUUCAUUAUCGACACUGUUGAUAAUGAUACCAACAUUGCUGAUGGACUUGUGUUUUUCCUUGCCCCUGUUCACUAUCCAAUUCCACCAAACUCUGCUGGUGGUGAUCUAGGAUUAUUAAACAGCACCACUCGUUUUAACCAAGCAUCCCUAAACCGAAUUGUAAUGGUUGAGUUUGACACUUUGUCAAACUCAUGGGAUCCACCCACUCCACACGUUGGGAUCAAUAUCAAUACCAUCUCCUCAGUUGUUAAUGCCAGUUGGGAUGCUCUCGGCAAUAGUGGGAAGACGGCUCACGUACAGAUAACUUACAAUGCUACCAUCAAGAACCUCACUGUGUAUUUGACAUAUUCUGAUGUGGCCAUCACUUCGCUUUCUCACCAUAUUGACCUGAAAGAGGUUCUCCCAGAGUGGGUUACAAUUGGAUUUUCAACUGCCAAUGGCUGUGCCCGAGAGCGGAAUGCUAUAUAUACAUGGGAUUUCGGAUCAAACUCAAAGGAGUUAAGUACCAAAAAGGAGAGGAGGUUAUUCUCGAUUGUGGCCGUUGAAGUUUCUGUCUUCAUUUUGAUUGUUGGUGUAGCCAUAUGCUGGUUGGUGGUAAAGAGGCAGAUAAACAGGAUUGAUGAACAUGGAAAUGACUCCAAUUCAGUAGCCUCCACAGAUCUUGUGUGGCAAGCCUUGCCAAGACGAUUUUCUUACAAAGAAUUAGUUGCAGCCACCAAUGACUUUGCAAACGACAGAAGGCUAGGCCAAGGAGGGUCAGGGAAAGUUUAUAAAGGAAUCAUACAAGAUCUAGGCUGCACAGUUGCUGUGAAGAGAAUCGUCCCAGAAUCCGAGCACUAUGAGAAAGUCUUCAUCAACGAAGUGAAAAUAAUAAGCCGCUUAAUACACAGGAACCUGGUGCAAUUCAUUGGAUGGUGUCAUGAGCAAGGCGAGUGCUUACUUGUUUAUGCAUACAUGCCUAACAGCAGCCUUGACACGCAUCUAUUCGGCUCUAGAACAACCUUGCAAUGGGAUUUCAGGUACAAGAUAGCUUUAGACUUGGCCACAGCCGUUCAUUACCUACAUGAAGAUGCAGAGACGUGUAUCCUGCAUAGGGAUAUCAAAUCAGCUAACGUAUUGUUAGACUACGAUUUCAAGACUAAGCUUGGUGAUUUUGGGAUUGCUAAGCUCGUGGAUCCACGGUUCAGGACUCAGACAACAGGAGUGGUAGGGACUUUUGGUUACAUAGCCCCGGAAUAUGCAAAUGGAGGUAGG